CCAGCCACUAUUCAGUAAUUUUCCAACCUCAUCCCAAAUUGGGCUUUGGAAUAGUUUUCUUCUGCUGGCAUCACACAUAGUCGAGUCAUAUAUAUUACAAAGUGCUACAUUCAACAUUCAUCCAAUAAGAAUUCUUAAAUAUCAUCCAAUAAGAUCAGAGCUCUUCAAAUUUGUCUUGAAUAGGGAGAGAAACAUCAUUAUGGUAGAAAUGUAUAACUUGUUCCUUUCAUUAUGUUUGGUUUCCAUGAUACCAAUCUUGAAAGCUAAUAUCUUAGAGAAUACAACAUACCUGAAUGAUUUUGACGAGGAAUAUUGGAAGGAAAGAGCAGCAAUUGCUGAAAAAGAUAACAAAGAAGCAUAUUUCUUAAAUCCAUACGAGAUUUCUGGGAACUUCAGUUCUACUGUUUUAGAAGACAUAGUUGGAAACAAGCAUGGAAGAAGGAGCUUGAAGGGUAAAAAUGCAAGAGUUCCAUGCAUGGCAACCAACAACAUUGAUAGAUGUUGGAGGUGUGAUCCUAAUUGGGCAAAGUAUCGUCAAAAGCUUGCAAAUUGUGUUCAAGGUUUUGGAAAAAACACAAUUGGUGGAAAAAAUGGUCCAAUUUAUAUAGUUACUGAUUCUUCAGACAACGACAUGGUUAAUCCAAAACCAGGUACUCUUCGCCAUGCAGUCACACGAACUGGGCCAUUGUGGAUUAUCUUUGCACGUAGUAUGUUUAUUAGACUCAACCAAGAACUCAUAAUGACUAGUGACAAAACUAUUGACGGAAGAGGAGUUGAUGUCCACAUUACUAGAGGUGCAGGCAUCACCAUACAGAACAUUAAAAAUGUGAUUAUUCAUGGAAUUAAGAUUUAUAAUAUUGUUCCGGGUUCCGGUGGACUUAUCAGAGAUUCUGAGACUCAUUUUGGUCAAAGGUUAAGCACAGAAGGUGAUGGAAUCUCUAUUUUUGGCUCUAGCAAUAUUUGGAUUGACCAUGUUUCUAUGAGAAAAUGUGCAGAUGGUCUCAUUGAUGCUAUUAUGGGAUCUACAGCUAUUACCAUUUCUAAUAGUCAUUUCACAGAUCAAAAUCACGUUAUCCUGUUUGGUGGAACUAACAAUGAUUAUACUCACUGGCAAAUGUAUGCCAUUGGUGGUAACAAGAAUCCAACUAUUAUUAGUGAGGGCAAUCGAUUUUGGGCUCCGGAUAAUAUUCAUGCUAAAGAGGUAACAAAAAGAGUGGACGCAAAUAUUGGAGAAUGGAAAUCAUGGCAAUGGAGAUCAAUUAAUGACGAGUUAUUGAAUGGAGCAUUUUUCGUGCAAUCGGGAUCUGAGUUGGUAAAUUGGUCAAACAAAAAUAAGAUUACAUCAAAACCCGGAAAAUAUGUCGCACAACUUACUCGCUUUGCUGGCACCCUUAGAUGUAGAGUUGGUAAACCUUGUUAG